UCGUGUACUUUCGAUUUUCAAUUCAAUUGUGCUGUUCCUUUUUUUUUUUUCUCGAAAAGGUCAAUCAAAUUUAUCUAAAAUUCAGUAGAAAAAAAUUGACGAGUAAAUUAUUGUAAAUUCUCCUCUCUUUUUUCCCUUUUCAUUUCUAAUUCUUUUGUAGAACCAAAUUUGUAUUCAGGAAAUAUUAUCAUUUGUGAUUGUAUUCUUCGUAUGAGAUGCUAACACAUUGGUUUUAUCAAAUGAUAGCAAGAAAGGAUUCGUGUAAUGGAUAAUGUGGUCUCUACAAUCAUAUAAUUUUCUUAUAUCUACCUACAUUAUCUUCAGCUAUGUCCUUUUCUGGUUCUCUUUCUUCAUCUUUGUCGUCAUAUUAUUUUCUUUGCUGCUGAAAGAUGGCAUCAAUUGCUCUUUUAUGCAAACACAUCCUUUUCUUAUUCCUUAUUCAGCUAUCAUCUUAUAUUGCUAAUUUUCCAAUGUUUCUAAGAUUGGACAAGGUACAUAUAACAGCGUUUUUAGAGCUGGUGAGGUUGAUACAGGAAUAAUAGUUGCCCUAAAGGAGGCGCACUUCAACAAUUUUGAGCCUGAGAGUGUUAGGUUUAUGUCAAGGGAGAUAUAGAUCCUUCCCAAGCUUGAUCAUCCAAAUAUCAUCAAGCUGGAAGGCUUAAUUACUUCCUGAUUAUCAUGCAGUAUGUACCUUGUUUUUGAAUAUAUGGAGCAUUAUCUUGCAGGGUUAUCAUCUUGUCUAGACCUCAAACUCACUAAUCCACAGAUCAAAUGUUAUAUGCACCAGUUACUCUCUGAGCUCGAACAUUGUCAUUCACACAAUAUCAUUCAUGGUGAUAUCGAAUGUGCAAACCUCUUAGUUAACAAUGAAGGGAUUCUAGAGGUCUCUGAUUUCGGUUUAGCUAACACUUGGAAUCCUGAUUUGUGGAGCGUUGGAUGUGUACUUGCAGAACUUUUUCUUGGCAAGCAUCUUUUACAAGGAAGAACUAAGGUUGAGCAACUACAUAAAAUAUUUAAGCUUUGUGGUUCUCCACCUGAUGAAUUUUGGAGGAAUUCUGACCUACCUCAUGCAACAGUUUUCAAGCCUCAACGAUUUUAUGUAAAUUGCAUCAAAGAAACGUUUGAGUGUUUACCAGAUGGUGCAUUAAGGUUGUUGGAAACGUUUUUAUCUCUUGUGCCCAAUAACUGUGGCUCAGCUUCCUCUGCCCUUAGUUCUGAGGACUCGGUCGUAUGCAUGUGAACCAUCCAGCUUACCAAAAUAUCAGCCCAACAAAGAAAUUGAUUCAAAGGAUGAUGCUGCUGUAGGUGAAGGUGUCUCAGAGAGCCUGGCUCCAUGUCAAGGACUACAAAUACUAAUCAUGUUUGUUAAUUUCAAAAUUGAAUUUUAUGUUAGGGCAUGUGAGUUUGAGAUUCUCACUGACCUAGAGGGAUCUUUUCAUUUUACUCGUUGUGCUUCUGAAAUAAGUAGGGAUGCAUUGUGUCACUCUUUCUGCUACUCAUUUGUACUCCUUACAUGACUGGUUUUGCUUAAGUUAUAAAAGUUCUGUUUGGUA